AAACAUUUUUUUUUUAACUCACCGAACACUUUUUUCCUUCAGUAACCAAUUGCAAGUAGCAAUCUAGUUCAAGUUCACUGCUCGUCGUUUCAGCUUUCCAGAAUAAUAAUGGAUCUCAUUCACGGGACACGUGAAACAUCCAAGUUUGCACCACAAGAUUUUAUCAGCAACAUGCCUGAUAAUGUGAUAACUAAUAUUCUGGACCGAUUGCCAUUACAAGAUGCCGUCAGGACUAAUGUCUUGUCAAGAAACUGGAGGUUUAAGUGGACUAUGCUUAGCCAACUCGUAUUGGAUUACGACUUCUUUAAGUAUUUGUUAGAAAUAGAAGACAUAAGUAAUCAUGCGAAAAUUAUAAGUAGUAUUUUUCUUCAACUUAGAGGUGCCAUUACAACAUGUGUCCUCUCUGUAAACAACGUAUUGGAUGUUGAAGAUAUUAAUCACUGGAUUUCGUUCUUGUCAAGAAAUGAAAUUAAGAAUCUCACUCUUGGGACGGUUGGAUCGUCUCUCUUAUAUAAGUUGCCUACCCAUCUUUUCUCUUGUUUAGGGUUGAAACAUUUGAAGCUUUUAAAUUGUCUUAUCCAUCUUCCAACUACUUUUCAUGGUUUUCCAAACUUGUUGAGCUUAGAGUUGUGUCAAAUACAAUUUGAAGUUGGGAAAUUUGGGGAGUUUAUUACGCGGUGUCCCGUACUUGAGAAUUUGAAGAUGGGUGUUUUCUAUGAUCCCGAAAGAAAAGUGAAACCAGAUGAGAUUGCAAAACUCGCAAAUGUCAAAACAUUAUCUUUGUGUUUGUGUAUUGUUGAGAAUAUGACUAUCACAAGUUCUACUACAAUAUUUGAGCUUCUCGGUAAUCUUCCCCAACUUCAAGAGCUUGAUCUGGAUUUUCGAGACCGUGGGGUGAUAGAAGGUGGUGCUAAAAAGAGGUUUCCUACCGCCUUUGCAUGCCUCAGGGCCCUUAAACUAUCAAGAAUAGAUUUAAGCAAUGGUACUGUGUUGUCAUGUGUUUUUGAGAUAAUUAGACAGUUACCGAAUUUGCAGACCCUUGAAAUCAUAGCAACUAGUGUCUCAAAUGUUGGCCCGACACCUGCAAUUUGUUCUCCAGACGUCGACUACAAUACAAUGGGGCCGUUGCAGCUUCGAAGUGUGGGGUUUAUAGAUUUGAAAGGCUCAGAGAAUGAAGUAUGUUUGAUUACAUGUUUACUUGGGUGUUCCCCUUUCCUAAAAAGGAUUGGUAUUCGUCCCCACAAGUCUUUAGCGCGCGACGAACAGUUGAUGUUUGAUUCAAAGUUGUUGAAGCUCCAACGAGCCUACCCCGUAGUUGCUAUCAAUCUAUAUUAAUUAAAGUUACAUUGAACUUAUCUUUUAUCUGCUGCAGAUUUGUAUAAAUUUAUGGUCCUUGCUCUAGUAAUUAAGGUGACAUUUGGUUUCUGUA